AUGCAAGAACCCUGGGUAAUCCGAGGUUGCAUCAGGGGUUUGGCGGCCUGCGGUAGGCUCUUUAGGGCUCCAUCAGUGGACCGGCCCAGGGCCUGCGUGGCCGUCAAGGGCAUGGAAGCCCAGCUGAUACCUCACCUGUGUUCCAGGGACGUUGCGGCUGUAGAAGUGAAUUUCACUGAUCACUCCGGUGACAGGAAGAAAAUGGUUAUUUGCUCGGCCUACUUCUCUCAUGACGAGGGGGAGGCGGUGCCGCCUGUACCGGUGAUAAAACUGGCAGAAUACUGCCAGGAGAAACGGCUUCCUUUGAUCAUGGGAUGUGACGCUAACGCGCAUCACACCGUGUGGGGAAGCUCGGACACCAAUGAUAGAGGGAGGAAAGUGUUGGAGUUUCUAGCUACUACGGAUCUGGAGAUCCUCAACACAGGAGAUGAGCCCACCUUCUGCACUAUAGCGAGAAGAGAAGUGCUCGACAUCACUGUCUGUUCCAGGCAGUUGAGGCAGAUCUCCUUCAGGAUAGCUAAGGCUAGGGGGAAGGAGGUCAAAUUCAGAAAUCCGAGGAAAACCAAGUGGGACUCCUAUAGGAAAGACCUAGCCAACAGUCUCAAAGGCUUCCCUAAGAGGCACGGGACAGAGGACGAACUGGAGACCUGUGUGGACUACUUGCAGAGGUCUCUGGUAAACUGCUACGAAAGUAACUGCCCCGAAAAGGCGGUUACAAAUAGUAGAGGAACUUCCUGGUGGACCACUGGACUGCAGGGUCUCAGAGUGGCGGCUCACAGGGCCUGGAAUAGAGCUAGGAACACGGGCCGCCAAUCCGACUGGGAGCUCUCUAGGAGGGCACAGAAGGAAUAUAGAGACUUUGUGGUUAGGGCGAAACAGGAAAGCUGGAGGAAGUUUUGCGAGGAAGUGGAGGGAAUGCCCGAAACGGCAAGAAUCUGCAGGAUCCUCGCUAGGAACCCGGAUGUGACCCUGGAAGCCAUCGCACUCUCUGAUGGGACGGUGGUGACUGGAGAGCAAUGUCUGGAGCAUCUACUGGAAGUGAGCUUUUCGGGCUUCUAG